AUACCGGCAAUGUGGAACGUCCGGUGGCUAUUCACCCUGUUACUUCUUGUUUGCUUGGUGUCGUCGGUCGCUGCACGGAAAACUAGUAACAGAACUAGUCCAUGGCAAACAUUAAGCGAAGAUCGCCCUUUAGUCAUAGCUCGUGGUGGGUUUUCAGGAUUAUUUCCCGACUCCAGUGAAUAUGCAUACAGUUUUGCUAAAUCUAUUAGUGUAUCCGAUGUGAUCAUGUGGUGCGAUGUACAAUUGACCAGUGAUGCAAUUGGGAUCUGCUUUCCAAAUCUUAAUCUUGAAAAUGGUUCUACCAUUAGCGAAGUAUUUGAUAAUAGAUCCAAGACAUAUCCUGUAAAUGGGGUACUCACCGAAGGAUGGUUUUCUGUGGACUUCUCACUCAGUGAUCUAAGAAAUGUCUUUUUAACACAGAACAUCCUUUCACGGAUUCCAUAUUAUGAUGGUAUAUAUAACAUCCUUACUGUUGAAGAUGUUGUUAGCAUGAACCUUCGACGACGACUGUGGUUGAAUAUCCAGCACGAUGCAUUUUUCACCCAACACAAUUUGAGUAUGACAAAAUUUGUAAUUUCUGCUUCUAGAAGUGGUGUGGUCAAAUAUAUAUCAUCACCAGAGGUGGGUUUCCUAAAAAGUAUUCUGAAAAGCUUCAGAUCAAGCACCACAAAGCUAAUUUUCCGAUUUCUGGAGGUGGAUGAGACUGAACCCUUAACCAAGGAAAAAUAUGGUUCUCUUCUGAAAAAUUUGACAUUUAUCAAGACAUUUGCUUCUGGGAUUCUAGUUCCUAAAUCAUAUAUUUGGCCUGUGGGUAGUGACUUGUAUUUACAACCAUCUACCUCCUUGGUCUUGGACGCUCACAGGGAAGGGCUAGAAGUUUUUGCUUCGGAUUUUAUGAACGAUGUGCCACUUCCAUAUAACUACAGCUAUGAUCCUGUAACAGAGUAUCUGAAUUUCGUUAACAAUGGCAGAUUCUCUGUGGAUGGUGUGAUUUCUGACAAUCCAAUAACUCCAUCACUAGCUUUUGCUUGCUAUUCUCACCUGGGGACAAAUCAAUCGCAGCAAGAAAAGCCUUUAAUUAUUUCAUUUGAAGGAGCAAGUGGGGACUUCCCUGGCUGUAGCGAUUCAGCAUAUCGGAAAGCUGUUUCUGAUGGUGCAGAUAUCAUCGACUGUCCCCUUCAGAUGACAAGCGAUGGAGUCCCUAUUUGCUUGGGUUCCAUAAACCUCCUUGAUAGGACAACAGUUGCUGGGUCAGAUUUUAGCAACUUUACAUCAAGCAUUCCAGAACUUCAGUCUGAUGCUGGAAUAUAUACCUUCAGCCUCACAUGGAGCCAGAUUAAGAGCUUGAGACCUGCAAUUUACAACCCAUAUAAAAAUAACACCUUGUUCCGCAAUCCGAAAUUCAAAAACGAUGGAAAUCUUAUGACGUUAUCCGACUUUUUGGAAUUUGCAAGUAAUGCUACUUCUGUUUCUGGUGUCCUGCUCAACAUCAAGAAUGCAGCCUACCUAGCAAAACAUCAAGGAUUAAGCGUAACAGAUGCCGUGAUGGACGUCUUGAAUAAAUCUAGUUAUUACAACGAAACAACCAAAAGGAUAUUGAUCGAAUCUUCUGAGAUAUCGGUUCUGAGAUUAUUUAAGGCAAGAAGCAAUAGGCAUGAGCUUGUUUAUGAGCUCGAUGAAAAUAUCCGUGAUGCCAAUAACUCAACCAUCUCAGAGAUCAGCGAUAUUGCUAAAUCAGUGAUCAUUGGCAAGGAAUCUGUGUAUCCUCGUCAUGACGGAUUUCUUUUUGGUCAAACUGAUGUUGUGGAGAAACUUCAGGCGUUUAAGCUCCCGGUAUACGUGCAGAUAAUGAGCAAUGAGUUUGUGUCGCAGCCGUGGGACUUUUUUUCAGACCCGUAUUGCGAAAUGGUCACGUACGUCAUGGGAGCUGGCGUUGAUGGUGUUGUUACCAAUUACCCGGCCACUGCCGCCAGAUACAGAAGGAACAAGUGUUUACAGCUUCCAGAUGAUCAGAUCCCCGAUUUCGCUCUUGCUGCAAGGCCUGGCGAAUUGGUCCGAGAAAUGUUACCCGGGUCAAAACCACCAGCUGGAGCUCCCAAUCCGGUCCUGACCGAUGCUGACCUGGCUGAUGCACCAAUCCCUCCGGUUACAACGACACCACCUCCACAAUCUUCUGGUAACGGGUCGACAACACCGUCUCCAACGACAACGAGUUCUCCAUCAUCAAAACCGAUUGCAAGCAUUUUGCUUUCUUCUUUGGCUAUUCUUGUUGGAUCUUUAUUCAUGUACUGA